CAACUGCACCACAAAACUCAUCAUCCGUCCGCCAUUCCAUCCGAACCAACGUUUUUUGACCAAUUUUCAAAACCGCACCUACCUGCCAUCCGCCGGUUGCUUUCAGGUCUAUGUAUUUAUUUUUUGCAAAAAGAAAGAAAGCCCCAAUAUAAUAACACGUCAUUCACAUUAUAGGCGAAUUAACUCUAUACACUAAUUAACCGUCAUGUCAGGGUAACAUCCAGGACAAGCCUGUUCUGAAGACGUUCAUUUUGACUGCAUGGGAAGAGAGCGCGUCUUUUUUCAGGCAGACAGUGCAAUUCAUGUUAUAACAGCAGGCCUAACAAUCAUACAAGAAACAAACUAUGGAACCUCGAUAUUAAAGAAACGCCUACUCUAUUUAUUCCGAAAUUCGCUUAAAGUCCACCGCACAACAGUGCAACGUGCAUGUUCACAUUUUUAAUUGUCCAUAACAACCCCAAAACUUGCCUGCUUGUCUUGCCUGCACAUCUAAUAAAUGGGCAAAGUUUUCCAACUAUUUUUCUUACCUUCUUUCUUUGCUGUGGAUGUUAUUGAGCUUGUAGAAGUUUAGCUAUUGCGUUCCGAACAUCUCACGCUGCCAUUGCCCGUUGUAAUUUCUAAGUCAUAUCACUCCAUAAUCUGUGUCUGUUUUAAAUGCCUAUUCCCCGAGUGGUAGGCUACAAUGACUGGCUGUUUUAAAAUAUAACUAAUAUUGAAACAAAAUAACCCAGGCAGUCUCAUCAACGAGACGUUUAGGCCUCCUCCAAGCAGGGCGCAAAGCUUGCAGGUUUGCUACCUGGCCUACCAAGGCGCUGCAACGAGACACGAAAUGGGAGAUGAAUCAUCGGUCAACUUGCACUUUCUUAUUGCACACUGGAGAGGAAAAAAAUGCUGGUCUGUUUGUAGGCUACCAUAGGAUACUUAUUUUAAACUUUUUGUUACCUUUAGUGUGUGUGUGUGUGGGUUGCUCAGUGAAACAUCGGAAAACACCAAUUCCGCAACAGCUGAACCUUUAUUGAUAUCUUCAGCCAUGACAAAAUAUCAGACAAUGCCUAUUUUAUGUGCCAAAAGAAACAACAGGCAGGAACAUUUGAUUACAAUAAAUAACUAAAUAGUCUAAUAUUGUAGGCAUAGGCCUAUAGCCUCCUAUGUUUUGGCAAACAGAUGAAAUAAAAAGUAAAUUAAAAAAAAAACGGCAUAGACUACAUGUGCGUCGUAAGCCUUAGGCUAUUAAUCACCCCCACAAACUUAAAUUAGACAAUGAAAUAUGCCAUCCCUCUUUGCACAAACAUAAAUUCUGACCAGGAUAAAUUGCCUGUAUCACAGAUCACUCCAAGGAAAUGUCAGCAACGUAGUAACUUAGUGGCCUAGGCAAAUAGUUGGGGGAGGGGGAAUCAAACGGACAAGUCUAUGCCCCAAAUAGGUCAUGGACUUUAGAUCACCCCAUCAAACUGGAAUUAUAAUGAAAUAUGCCAUCACAGUCGCGACAAACGAAUUCAGGCAAAAUAGCCUUACAUAGCCUUUCAGAGAUCCGCGCUCUUGGCCUUAAGCGACGCGCCUCGGAACGUAAAAGCGCCCAAAACGCCAGCUAUAAACGUAACCACCAAAAUGAUUCAGCUGACCGAACUCAGAAGCUUAGGUUAGACUUGGGCUUUUUUGGUGUAGCCUAGGUAACGUAGACUAAUUGGUUUAAUAGGUCUAACCUUAAGUCGAGUUAGAAUUUAUCUUAGCACUAUGCGGGAAUAAAAUAGCAUCUACAGUGCCAGGAGCGCCUGGCCUCUAUAAUGCGCCCUGCUGCACUGAAGGAGCGCUCGCUCGAAGCACUUGUUGCUGGAACGCAUAGGAUUCUCUUGGCAAGGUGCUGUAGUUGUGGGAAUGACUGGCCUUGUUUCUCCCAAAAGGAAAGUAGAUUUUCCUCUGCUGAUCCGUCUAUAUGGAAGUUUGUAGAGGAAUACUCCUUUACUUCAGGGGUUUUCAACCGGUGGUCCGCGGACCCCUGGUGGUCCGCGGCGGCAUUGCAUGUGGUCCGUGACAAGAGCCUAUGUUGAUCAGUUCACCAUUGUUUUUUUUUAAUAUAAAUUCGCUUUGAUAUUUCAACACAUUUCCAGAAUACCGUUACAUAUCGUGAAAAAUAUGUUUAAAAUAAUAUAAAGGAAAUUCAAGCUGACAGAAUGUAGCCUUGCGCCUAUCCAGUCUAUGGUAGCCUGUGAUUCGCUAAUGGUAAUGAGUUGCGUCGCUAACCUCACUUAUUAUUCAUUACGUACAGUCUUGCGAGCAAAGUUGACACACAUUUAUAAGCAUAGCCGACGAGAGUAUUUUAAGAUAGGUUGUAGUACAGCAAACAUUUGUUACAUAUGUACUAGUCUAGCUAUAUAUCUAGCACCAAUGGAUCGUUUUGUAGUGAGGAAAGUGCCAGAGGGACAGGCUGCCAUGACAGAGGGUCAGGCUGCCACGACAGAGGGACAGGCCGCCACGAUAGGGCAAGGACAGGCUUCCGAAGCGUCAACUUCGCAAAAAAGACGAAAAAGAAAAUACAAUGAGGAAUAUGUUAAAUAUGGAUUCACAGUGACGACAGACAGAGCAGGAGAGGAGGUACCACUGUGUUUCGUAUGUUCAACAAUUCUCUGUAAUGAAGCUAUGAAGCCGUCGAAACUUACGCGGCAUAUGGAGACGCAUCACGUCCACUUUAAGGCCAAACCCGUUGAGUACAUGCAACAGAUGUUGCGUGAUUUCAAAGGACAGCAGGCUACCAUGAGGAAGAGUGCAAAAAUAAAUGAAAACGCACUGAAAGCAUCGUAUCUGGUCGCUCUCAGGGUUGCAAAAAGUAAGAAGCCCCAUACCAUUGCAGAGCAGCUUAUAUUGCCAGCAGCCAUAGAUAUGUGCAGAGCUAUGGUAAGCGAAGAAUGUGCCAACAAAUUAAAAACUAUUCCGUUGUCAGACAACACAAUCGGAAGACGAAUUGGGGAAAUGGCAAAUGAUGUCAAAGACCAGCUGAUGGCAAAACUUCAGACAGUUCUGUUUUCCCUUCAAAUCGACGAGACGACAGAUGUUACUAAUGAUGCGCAACUGUUAACAUUUGUGCGAUACGAGGACAGUGGCACUAUGUGCGAGGAAUUUCUUUUUUGCAAACCACUGCCCGGGCGAACUACCGGUGUAGAAAUAUUUAAAGCACUGGACGAUUUUUUCACGGAGCACAAUAUCUCGUGGCAGAGGUGCGUUGCAUUAUGCAGCGAUGGGGCCCGAGCCAUGAGUGGCAGCAAGACUGGACUGUUUGCGCAUGUAAGGAGGGUGGCUCCGGGGGUAAUUUGGACACACUGCCUGAUUCAUAGAGAGGCUCUCGCCUCCAAAGAUCUCAGUGUUGAGCUCAGUGGUGUGUUUGAUGUCGUUGUCAAGACGGUCAACUUCAUAAAACGAAACGCAUUGAAUACACGCCUGUUUUCAUCCCUAUGCCAUGACUUGGGAAGUGAACACAGCUCUCUCCUUUAUCAUUCAGAGGUGCGUUGGCUGUCUCGCGGCGCUGUGCUCGCCCGUGUGUUUGAACUACGCGGAGCUAUCUACGAGUUCUUGUGCGAGAAGCAUUCUGAUCUGGCUUCCAAUUUCAACGAUAGUUACUGGUUAACUAAGCUGGCGUACCUCACAGAUGUUUUUGCAGAGCUGAACAAGUUGAACAGCUCCAUGCAAGGGAGAGAUGCAAACGUCAUGCAGCUCUACGAGAAGCUCGACGCAUUUGUGAAAAAAAUGUCAAAGUGGAUCGAACGAGUGGAGAGCAAUAACUUGGCGAUGUUUCCUUCAGUUGAGGAAUACCCUGACAGCACUGACAUCAACGACACUAUAUGUGAGCAUUUGAGGAAGCUUGUGCGUCAAUUCGCAAAGUACUUCACUGAUUCGGAAGAGUGGCGCCGUGACAGCAAGUGGAUCCUGCUCCCAUUCAGUGACGAUGCAUCAGUAGGGUCAAGUCUGACGGCUGUGGAAGAGGAUAAGCUGAUUGAGAUGUCCACAGACUCUGUCAGGAGGCAUAUGUACGACACACAGCCCCUUGUUAAAUUCUGGAUAAGUUGCCAGACAGAAUUUCCACAGCUUGCUGCAAAAGCAAUGAGGUGUCUUUUGCCCUUUCCAACCACAUACCUGUGUGAGAGUGGUUUUUCUACACUGGCGUACUUAAAGAAUAAGUACAGGGCUAGGCUUGAUCCAGAGAAUGACAUGAGACUGUCUCUGUCUACCAUUUCGCCACGAAUAGACAGGCUGUGUGGACUUCACCACGCCCAGAUAUCACACUGACAGCAGGUGAUUGGUGACAGGUCUGUCCUGGCUGGGUUAUAAAAGCCCUGACCAGCCAGCAGUUGAGGCUGCCUUGGUCUUCAUUUGUUGGAUUUUGGUUCUCCGGUGUUGUUGGAUUUUUGUUCUCCGUUGUUGUUUUGUCACACACCUAGACUGACUUUGCAUGACAUUUUUAGUUACUUUUCCCAAUACUGAAUUGCACAACACUUUAUUAUUCUUUAUUCUUUCUUUAAAAUAAUCUUUAAUUUAAUUUAAUUUAAUUAAUAAUCUACUUUUAUUAUUAUAAAAUC